AUGCUGGUACCACCGGCUAAUUUUGGUGUAGCGGAAGAAGGAAUUUAUCGAUGCUCCAAGAUUGAAACGCUUAAUCUAUCGUUUUUGGAGACGCUCAAUCUCAAAACGGUGAUAUUUGUAGGUGGACAAGAGCCAUCUAAAUUUUUCAGAGAGUUUUUUGAACGUUCUUACAUUCAGUGGUUCGUUGUGCGUACAGCCAACGUAUCCUCAAAUAUGGCGCCCGCAAACGCUAGCGGUGCCAAAGCAAAUUCGGACGAAAAAGUGAUAAAUUCAAACCAGCAUGUGGGGCCCGACAGUUAUGAACUGAGCGACAACGACGACCUGAUGAUUAUCAAGAGCUACAGCCUGAAAAGAACAUUCGAGUUGCUGUUGAACACCUCAAAUCACAAUACUAUUCUAGUUGAUAAAACUUCUAUUGUGGUGGCUGUCUUGCGGAAAAUACAGAAAUGGAAUAUUGCAUCCAUAAUAAACGAGUAUAGGCUGUUUGCAACCAAGAACGCGAAUUACUUUGCAGAAACGUUGCUGGAAAUGAUAAACGUCAGAAUUGUGCAAGAAGAAGAGGAUAAGCUCGGACAUAUCAAUCUAGAGGAUCUGCAAGUCGGUGAUACACCUGAAAUCAGUGACUUACGCGGUUGCAGUAAAUGGGAAAUUGUUAAUGAAUGGGAUCUUAAUAAGCCUCCCCGCAUACCGGUGCAUUUGCUCCGCAUUCUGGAAAGUUUUCAGGCAGAUAACAAGAUUUCCAAUGAGCCAUUGGACCUGGAAGUACCACUCAUGGCCAAAAGCCAGUCGGAUCUAGGAAUCUUUGGUAAUAGGUAUCGUUUAGCCUUCAACAAAAGAGAACGUGCAGACUACGACUUUUACAAAGGCGGGAAGCAUAAUGUGAUAACUUUUCACUUGCCCAGAGAUCCCUUGCUGCCGCGGUGGUUCAUCCGUCAGCGGGAGUUGUGGGAAAACGAAAAUGCUAAAGAACACCACAAUUUCUACAAGGAAAGCAUAUUUGUAUGA